CAUGUUCAUGAGAAACCACCAGGAGGCAGAGUAAAAGGAAGCCAAGGAAAAAGAGUUAAAGAGGAAGGAAAAGGAGCGCUUGUGUGGUCUUUGUGGUAGUAGCAAAGCUAUUUGCCAUGGGAAGGCCUCCUUGCUGUGAUAAGGUUGGCAUCAAGAAAGGGCCUUGGACUCCUGAAGAGGACAUCAUCUUGGUCUCCUAUAUCCAAGAGCAUGGGCCUGGAAACUGGAGAGCUGUCCCUACAAAUACUGGCUUGCUAAGAUGUAGCAAGAGUUGCAGACUCAGAUGGACCAAUUACCUCAGACCUGGAAUCAAGCGUGGCAACUUCACCCCACUUGAAGAAGGAAUGAUCAUCCAUCUUCAGGCCUUGCUUGGGAAUAGGUGGGCAGCAAUAGCUUCUUACCUUCCCCAGAGAACUGACAACGAUAUAAAGAACCACUGGAACACCCAUCUCAAGAAGAAGUUUAAGAAGUACCAGACAGCAAUUGAUAGCUAUAUGAUCUCUUCUGAUGCAGGCCCCAGCUGCAACGAACCAAUAUCCAAGGGCUACAAGAUGGAGGGAAUUAGGAUCCCAGACCUCACUGCAUCGCACUCACCACCCUCCAGAUUCUAUCAGAGUCCCUCCACCUAUGCUUCCAACACCGAGAACAUCUCAAGACUCCUUGAAGGAUGGAUGUGGUCCUCACCGAAGUGCACACAAGACAAGCACCAACAGAGCACCAUCAUCAACGACGCUGAUGGCAAUAUUGAAUCAUUGCAAGGGAGUCAAGCUAAAGGUGAUCAAUGGAGCUGCGCUGCAAUAGCUAAAGACGACCACGACUCACUGCUCUCAUUCGAGAACCUUAGCAGCAUCAUGUGGGACAAGUCACCAUCAUCAGUCGACUCGGUACUCCGAGGGACACAGCUUGCAUCGGCCGAUGCUGAGACCAAACAUGGGGUGGCGGAUGGCCGACAACAGCCACCCUUGUCUUUGCUGGAGAAGUGGCUCUUUGAUGAAACCUCAGGGCAGGUGGAUAGCCUCGUGGAACUUCCUGCUGACUGCUUCUUGAACCCAAUGUCAUAACAUGGCAUAUCGUGCCCUCUUGAUUCCUCUACCGAGCUUUGCAUGAGUGGAAACAAAAACAAAGUGCAUAAGCUGUCCAAUGGCCAACUAGUACUACCGUCAUCCAAGAAAACUUUAGGAAUAAGUAUCGAAGGUAAUGGAAAUGUGAGGAUUAUAUGAAGUUAGUCACCAAAUUUAAGAUAAGCAGCAAUGUUCCUGGGAGGAUUAUGUGAAAUAAAUCAUCUAUCCAGCCUUAAACUUCAUGGGAUCUUUUUGCCUUUUCUCUCCUAUAUUUUUAUAUCGAAAAGUAUAUACCUACUCCAUGUUUUACUCAAUUUUACCUAGGUUAAUGGGAGGCCAUAUCUAAUCGGAUCUCUCUGGUUGUAUUGGAGUAGGAGAAGAUUUAGAAAAGAGGAAUGGAAAUUUUGGG